UUUGUUUCGUAAGAGCGUGCCACGCUCAGCAAGCUUCGCGGGUCCCGAACUGGCGGUUGUUUGAGUCGCCAUAGGGUCAGGUUGCUCGAGUUCGGCCGCCAUGUCUUCGCCUUCGUCCCGCGAGCGUCGCCCUUCCCUCUUCGAGAAGGGGGAGGCGUCGCCCAACGCGUUGCAGCUCGCCGAGCAGAUAGCCUCCUUUCAUGUCAACCCCAAGACCGGCAACAUCAUCACUGACAAGGUGACCAUCGUGGGAGCCGGACAAGGUACGGCGCAUUGCACACGACGGGCAGGGAGGGAAGCCAGGGCCGAACUGAGGACGGAAGGGGGGUUGACGGAAGGGGGGUUUGUUGUGUGGGGCUUCUUCUCUCAGUCGGGAUGGCGUGUGCCUAUGCCAUCAUGGCCCAGGGUGAGCGCCGAGCGCCCCAGUGGCUGUGCAGGCUGCUGAGUAUGGUCACACCUCCCCUACUUGUGGUGUGGUGCAGGUGUGAGUCACCAUCUCGCCCUCGUGGACAUGCAGGAAGACAAGGUGAGCACCCUCUUGCACGUAAAGCGGUGUCUCAACACGUGCAGACGAGAGAAAGUGGCAUGCAUGCUUGCACGGAUCCCAUGGCUGCUUGCUCUGCCCUGUGCUGUGUUUCCGUCUGUGUAGGUGAAAGGCGAGGCGUUGGACCUGGAGCAUUCCAGCGCCUUUGUUCGUGGCGGCCUGAAAGUUGAAGCGUCAUCCAGUGAGAUGACACGCAUGCAGGGGACCUUAAGGCGAUGCACUGACUGUACGUGUGGAUGUGUGAGUGCCUGCAGCCUACGACGUCACGCACAGCAGCAGCGUGUGUGUGGUGACGGCUGGCGCCAGACAGCGGGAGGGCGAGAGCAGACUCAACCUGCUUCAGCGCAAUGUCGAGAUCUUCAAAGGUGAUAAACUCAGACAGACACGCAGACAGACAGACAGACAGGCCCGCACGCACACAACACAACACCACCACUGCAUGCACAAACACUCCACGCAAUCCGUGUCGCGCCCUCUUCAAUGCAGGCAUCAUCCCCGAGUUGGUGAAGCACAGGUGAGCCACCAUCGCUGGGGAGACACGCAGAGCCCCGUCAUGUCACGUCAUGUCGAUGCGUUCCGUGUUUCUGUCUAUGUGUCUAUUUCUCUGUGCAGUCCCGACUGUAUCCUCCUGAUCGUUUCCAACCCUGGUGAGUGGACGGGCUCAAUAUGAGUUGAUGCCAGUGGUGGAUGUUCGUCCACCCGACUGGAUUGAUCAUUUCCGCGUGGCUGUAUAUGUCUGUGCUGCCUGUCCUUCUGCUCGACUGGCCAGUGGACAUCCUGACGUGGGUGGCAUGGAAGCUGAGCGGUUUGCCCAAGGAACGCGUCAUCGGGUCGGGAACCAACCUCGACUCCUCCCGGUAAGCAACCAACUCGCGCCGUGCCCUCCAUCUCCCCCGUGUCUCUUUCCCUGCGGUACGUCAUGCUCAGUCUGCGCACCUUCAUGAGCCACCGCUUGGGUGUGGCCGCGACCAACUGCCAUGGAUACAUCAUCGGAUAGCACGGAGACUCCAGCGGUCGGUGCGGCGCACUCACAUACUGGCACAAGACGGUAUGCCUCCUGUGUGCUGCUUGUGUCUUCUGGCUGCAGUGCCGGUGUGGUCGAGUAUGACGGCCUGCGGUGUGCGUUUGCGCGACCUGAAUCCCAAGGCAGGGAUGAAGGACGACCCUGAGAACUGGGGAGAGCUCCACACCCAAGUCGUCAACGGGUGUGUUGUUUCCAUGGACGAGAGCAUUCGAUCCAUCUUCACGUCGAGCAUGGGGUUGUGUGUGUAGUGCGUACGACGUUAUCAAGGCGAAGGGCUACACCUCCUGGGCCAUCGGCAUGAGCGUCGCGCAGGUUGUCCGCACACUCCUCAGAAACGAACGCAACACGCACGUCCUCUCCGUACACGCAAAGGUAGGUAGGUACACAGACAGGCAGACACCUGCCCGAAGCAACACGGCCACGUGCUGAUGGUGCGUGUCCUGUCCGUGUGUGUGCAGGGUCUGCACGGCAUUGACGAGGACAUGUAUCUGGCGCUGCCCACCAGUGAGCAGGCAGCACUGAGAGGAGAAGUCACUGCGGCGCGUCCAUUCACUGCUGUCUUUUGGCCUGUCCUUUCAGUCGCGGGCCCCGUUGGUGUCCAGAAGAUCAUUGCCCUGCAACUCACCAAAGAGUAAACGAGAACGGAUACAUACAUCGGCCGUGUAUGUCAUCUCUGUCUUGCGUCAUUCGCAGCGAGGAGGCUCAGUUGCAGAAGAGCGCCCAGACGUUGUGGGACACCGCCAAAGACCUCAAACUCUGAAGGGCCGUGGAGAUGUAUUACGGUCAUGCCAACCAGGACACGGCUCAGUUGCAGUCACCCCUUUCUUUUGCGCCUGAUCGAAUGAAUGAUCGAAUUUUGCGGCAUGACUUAAUGGCCAAAUAGGUCUAGCACGGCCAUCUGAUUUUGCAUAGUCUCGGUCUGCAAGCGAGCUUGUGUGUCCCUGCCUGCCUCGCCUGGGUGUACGUGGCUGGCGGCUUCUAGCUCGUUGUGUUCUUUGUUUUAGCACGUCCGUCUGCAAGUGAGGUCGGGGCACGUGGGCUGUAAGGGCAUUGAGGAAGGCGUGAAUGGCACCCUGGGACAAAAGAAUGGACGAUGAGCUCAAAGACACGAAUGCGC